AUGGAUGGAUAUGGACAUGCUGGACCCAAGGAUGUGGCCUGUGAUGUCUGCACUGGGAAAAAACUAAAAGCCCUCAAGUCUUGUCUGGUCUGUCUGGUCUCUUACUGUGAGAAACACCUCCAUCCAGAAGUGGAUGUUUUACUGUCAGAGCCUCAGCUCAAGACCAGAGCUGACUUCUUAAAAUAUUCAUGUGAAAUCACACUGGACCCAAACACGGCACACACACAGCUGUUAUUUUUUGAGGGGAACAGAAAAGCAUCAAGAAUGAAACAGCAUCAGUCUUAUAGUAGUCACCCAAACAGAUUCACUCAUUGGCCUCAGGCAAUGAGUAGGCAGAGUCUGACUGGAUGUUGUUACUGGGAGGUGGAGUGGAGAGGGAAAGGAGUUUGUGUGACAGUCGCAUACAACAAUAUCAGCAGAGCAGAGGGGUCAGAUGAAUGUAGAUUUGGAUUCAAUGACAAAUCUUGGUCGUUAUGUUGUUACCCAGACUGGUACGAGUUUUAUUACAAUAGUAUCAGAACUCCUGUCUCAGGUCCUCUGUCCUCCAAGGUAGGCGUGUACCUGGAUCACAGUGCAGGUAUUCUGUCCUUCUACAGCAUCUCUGAAACCAUGACUCUCCUCCACAGAGUCCAGACCACCUUCACUCAGCCCCUCCAUGCUGGACUUUGUCUUUGCUAUAAAACCACCGCUGAGUUGUGUAAAUUGAAAUAGACAUAAGUCAUUUAAAGGGCAGUGGGUUAAAUUCUUUAACUCUUCAACUUAUUUUAUCUUUAUGUCUGUUGCUAAGAAUUGAAUGUUGUGGUAUCUCUUCACUGCACUGAGAUCAGCUGUCAGUCAAACAUUCUGGAUGAUGCUUUGACAUCUUCUCACUUGUUGUUCUCUAAAUGCCUGAGCUUGUUUUAGUGGUCUGUUUGGAGGCUCUCACAGCUUAUCACCUGAAGUGAUGAAAAUCUAAAUGUGUCUGAGCUCUAAGCUGACCGUCACUUACAAAUAGCUACGAAAGGCCAUUUAGUAAAAUGAAAAAGAACCAAGAAUAUUGCAGUCUUGACAUUAAGUCAAAAUUAUGUCUGACUUUUUUGAUUUAAAGCAAGAUUUUUUUUAUCAUUUAUUAAUGUUUUAUCUUUAUUUAUGUUUACAUUCCUUUGUUUGACAGGCCGAAAGAUGUUUUUGCUGUCCAAAUUGAAGUCCAAAUGAGGUGUUCUAAAAGUGUAAUUACCCCCGAUAAUAAUCAAUAAGGAGGACAUUAAUUACGUCCUUGU